GUGCAGGGGAGCCUGGACGAUUCACUCUACUCUGACCCUUGACUGAUGACACUGCUGAAAAGCAUAUAUUUACAUAUCUCUUUCAACUUUAGAGAUUACCUACUUAUACGAAAGGUAGCGAUUCAAGAAGUUACUACGCGCCACAGUUCUCUGAGGAGCUUUUCUUUCCAAUACUUCACGUUAGGUUGAUUGCAUAGCUCAUGCAACUGUAUCUUUUGAGAUCUUCGGCCAUGAAUUACGAAAAAUAAAAUGGAGAUAUUAAUGAUCUACGGAGCAACUGGAUAUACCGGGGGCAUUGCAUGUAACCAUGCCAACAGCCUCGGUCUCAGUUUUGUGCUUGGAGGACGGUCCCUUGACAAACUUGCUUUACUCUCCGCAAAACUCGCCGCUCCGUACAAAGCCUUCGGCGUGAAAGAUGCCAGUUCCAUUGCUUCAGCUUUGAAAGGUGUGAAUGUACUCCUUAACUGCGCUGGUCCCUUCGGGGAAACAGCCGAGCCUUUGAUGGAAGCAUGCAUUGGGAUGGGUGUACAUUACUUGGACUUCUCAGCUGAGCUGUCAACCUACCAGCUGGCGGACCGACUGGGCGAAAAGGCAGAAAGAAGGGGCACCAUGCUGAUGCCUGGGUGUGGUGGUAGUGUGGCAAUGCUCGGAUGCCUGGUACUUCAUGUGCUUCAGAACGUGGAGCAACAUGUCGCUAGCAUUGACGUCGCCCUGCGCAUUGCCGGGCCCAUAUCACGAGGUACAGCUAUAACCGCUAGAGAUAGGCUGUCUCCGGAGUGCCUUCAACGGUGUCAAAACGCUCUAACAUUGCAAGAUGUCAGCAAUACUCAGCAGUUUGAUUUCGAUGAUGGGAAAGGUCCCGUUGCUUGCACUCCUGUAACGCUCCCGGAUCUUAUCACUGUUUGGAAGUCCACAGGAGUACCCAACAUCAGGACAUUUGUGCAUGGAUCGGAGCCUUCUACUACCGAUAUUGCUACGUCACCGGAAGGUCCGACGACUGAGCAAAGGGAAGCCAGUCCGUAUCAUGCCGCCGUCAUAGCAACAACACGCGAUGGAAAUACGAAGCGCUCUGUGCUUCACACUGUAAACGGAUACACUUUCACUGGAAUUGCUUCGGUAGAGUGUGCAAGGAGAGUUUUAGCCGGAGAGGCGAUGGAAGGGUUCCAAACGCCAGCUGCCGUGUUUGGCAAGGACUUUGUGAAGUGUGUUUCAGGAACCUAUAUAGUCGACGCUUAGGUCAGGCAGAAUAAUUGCCAACACCACAGAGUAAAAUAUAGCGAAUGGGAAAAUAGAUGAUACAAUCAGG